CUGGCGGAGUACGCAAGUGUAUAAGACGGAAGGCUUUCUGGGAGCGUGAAGGGUGGGAGUAGAUAGUUGAUUUUCUGUAGAGAAGGCGCCUCCCUGGAUUCAUUCGGCCAUGGCGUAUUCGCUGAUGUACACAAACGUGCAGUUAAGCUUAAAUCCAGAAGCUGCUGCCCAAGAUGCACUGUUCAUUAAUUCUUCAAGCCGGUUGAGGGGAUACAGUUACUUGCCCUGUUCAAGCAGGCCCCAGACCUCCGGAGUGCUUUUUGCAAUUGGUGCCGUUUUCGUAACAACAGUUGGAGUUAUUGUGGGGCACUAUGUUUUGUCCAAAAAAAAGAAAUCUGCAAUCACAUUGAAAGACGCCAAUGAGAAGUAUCCACUGCGGCUAAUAGAUAAAGAGAUUGUGAGUCAUGACACCAGGCGGUUUCGCUUUGCUCUUCCUUCAGCCGAUCAUAUUCUUGGUUUGCCUGUUGGAAAACAUGUGUAUCUCUCUGCAAGAAUUGAUGGAAACCUUGUUGUCCGACCAUAUACUCCAGUUACUAGUGAUGAUGACAAAGGCUAUGUGGAUCUUGUUGUCAAGAUCUAUUUUAAAGGUGUACAUCCCAAAUUCCCAGAAGGUGGUAAGAUGUCUCAGUAUCUGGAAGACCUGAAGGUUGGGGAUACCAUUCACUUCAGAGGGCCAGGUGGAUUACUUACUUACAAAGGAAAAGGGGAAUUUGCCAUCCAGCCUGACAAGAAAUCAUCGCCAGAAACCAAGUAUGUCAAAAAGCUUGGUAUGAUAGCAGGUGGAUCUGGUAUCACUCCAAUGCUGCAGUUAAUUCGUGCCAUCAUGAAAGAUCAUGAAGACCCAACUAUGUGCUAUUUACUUUUUGCAAAUCAAACUGAAAAGGACAUUCUGCUUCGUGAUGACUUGGAGGAAAUUCAAGCUCAGUAUUCUGAUCGCUUUAGGCUGUGGUAUACAGUGGAUAAGGCUCCUGAAGGCUGGGAUUUCAGUGAAGGCUUCUUGAAUUCUGACAUGAUAAAGGAACACUUACCUGCACCUGCUGAUGAUGUCUUGAUUCUCAUGUGUGGCCCGCCCCCUAUGAUUCAGUUUGCAUGCAACCCCAACUUGGACAAACUUGGAUAUGGACAAGGAACCCGCUUUAUUUACUAAAUGUUGAGAUUCCCAAAUUAGGGCUUGGGGAAAGGGGAAAGUGAUACACAAGCUAAAAGGAAAUAUUUUUUGCACUUCAAGCAGUGGUGUUCACCUUACUGAGACAAAAUAAGCUGGUUUGUAUGCAAGUUGCAUUUAAUACUAAUUUUCUCCAUAUCAGCUGUGUACUUGCACAUAUUGAAAUACAUGAAUGUAUAAUGUGUUUAUAUAUUGUACUGUCAGUUAAUCUGUUUGAAAAGCAUAAAAUUUGGAGCUUCAUAUUUUGUGUGCAUGUCACUAAUGUAUGGAUUUAAACUUUCAUGUCUCUUGUCACUGCAAACUUUUUAGAUGUCAAAUUGCUCUAUGAAAUCUGCCAAAGUCUAAAAAGCAAUCAAGGGCAUGUUGGUGGAUAUGUUGAACUUUUUCAAUUCUGCCACUUUUUAUUUGCACUUCACACAUUGCUGUACUACACUGGCACUGAAGAAUGUGUAAGUCAGUGAACUUCACAUGCAACCAUUGGUGACCAAGUGAUGCAGCAUCCAGAAUGUGCAAUGCAACAAUCUUUUAAUCUUUAGAUAUUUAUCUUCUGCAUUCAAAGGGUGUAGGACUAGGUAGUGUAAUGGAUUAGUAUGCUAAUUUCUCAUGUUUUCCAAGAUUUAAAAGACUUGACGUUUCCUCUGGCACUUCUGUUAAACUGGUCUAUUUUCUACAGCACUAUCCAUAACUGAUAAUCUGCCUCAAAGGCCAUCUGAUUGUGAUUUAGUUUCAAAACAGCACCCCCUUAAUUGCUUGUGUGAAUGUAUGUUAGGACACGUUUAAGAUUUUUUUAUUAAUAAGUUGCAAAUUCACAAAUGUAAUUUAAAUGCAAAUAGUGUAUCAAACGUUGGGGGCAAUAUUAAUGGGAUCUUCAUUUGAUGCAUUGCUGGCUGGACGUAGUUCAAUAGCAGUAAUAGCCUGAAUACUGGAAUCAUUCUGUUCAGGCUUGCCACAACAUCUUGCUAUAAUAUUUUACAGUGCCUGAGCAAGUGAUAAUUUGCCUAGUCUGUCUGAUUUUUGGUCUCAUUCUCCCAUAUUUCCCAGUGAUCACUUGUAAUUCUAACUCAAGUACUUGUGCCUUAAGUAAUUGUUUUAGAUCAUUUUCUUGGCGAUUUUACUUAGUCUUUAAGAUGUUCACGAAGUCCGCACUCCUGCAUGUUUUUAUUUGAUCUAGUUUACAGUACAGUAGCUGUAAUGUGUGCUUAUUUAAAAUACAUGCAGCUCCAAAUUGAGAUUGACUUUGAUGGAUCUGAGAACUCCAGUUGUUGUGGUGGAGAAACAAUGCCACAUCACAGACCACCCUGCGCCCUCUCCCCUGCCCAAAAGUCACUUAAUGACACUGCACCAAAGCGUAUCAGUUUUAGGACAAGAAAAAACAAAUCAGUUACUUCAAUCGUUAGCUGAAGUACAAUGGAAUAAUAAAUUUGGGAUUUGUCCUAAAGAUUCUUUUGGUAAAUCUGGAUGAUCACAGUUUCUGAAAUACAAAUGUAUGGCACAGAAAACAAAUAAAAAUCCAUUUGGUGAA